UGCCCCCGGCCCCCCGCCUCGCUCCAGGGGCGGACCCUCCCUUCCCACUGGAAUUGGGCAAACCCUCGCUGCCAGUCUGGUCCUCUGGGACUGCAGGGACUGGGGGGAAAAAAAGGGGGGGAGUGGGAGAAGGGAGGAGAGAGGGAGACGCCCCCCACUAGAGUCUCCGGCUCUAGUAUUUUUAUCUGUUCGUGAAUCCAUCUCCUCCUCCUCCUCCUCUUUCCCUCCUCCUCCUCCUCCUCCUCCUCCUCCUCCACACGGCCGUCAGCAGUAGUCGCUCGGCAGGCAGGGAGGGCGCCCGGAGGCGGAGGCGGAGCAGCAGUGGUCCCUCUUCCCCGGAGCCCCCCGGUCCCAUGGAGCCCAAAGACCGCAAGAAGAUCCAGUUCUCCGUGCCCGCGCCCCCCAGCCAGCUGGACCCCCGGCAAGUGGAGAUGAUCCGCCGCCGGAGGCCGACCCCGGCCAUGCUGUUCCGGAUGUCUGAGCAUUCCUCCCCAGGUGGGUCCACCUGUCCAUCUCCUGAAGAGGAAGAAUCAUCUCCCUACCAGAGAACCGUGGCUGAGGGUCACCACCUCAAGUCGAAAAGACCAAACCCCUGUGCCUACACCCCCCCAUCUCUGAAAGCCGUACAGCGCAUUGCGGAGUCGCACCUGCAGUCGAUUGGCACCCUGACGGCUGAGGACGAAGAGGAACUUGAGGCAGAGAGCCGGGGCUGCCAGGAGGAGGAGGAGGAGGAGGAGGAGGAAGAGGACGACGAUGACUCCAGCCAGAGAGAGGUCAUCAAGCUUCGCAGCGAGCCCGAUGGGCAGACGACUCCCUACGGCCGGGGGCUGGAGGGGUCCUGGGGUCGCCCACCUCCACUGGAUGAGCCGGAGGACGGAGCCCCCGAAGCUGGGGGGGCAGGGAACCCCUCGAGGAAUGACCCUGGAGACCGCCUCCCGGCCCACUGCACGUAGAGACCCCUCGGCCCCCCGCCCCCCGCCCCUCAAGGAAGGCAGAAGAGGAGGGAUGGAGGGGCUGCCUGCCUCAGCCCCCGUGCCUGACACCGGUGUCUGUCUGUCUGUCUGUCUGUCUGCUUGCCUGGCUGCACCCCACCAGACUCACCCAUCCACCCACCCAUCCACCCGCCCCGGGCCCGACACACACACAAACCCUUCGUCCCCUGGGCACUGCCCGCUUCCCAUCGCAGCCACUCACCUCCACCUCCCCUUCUUCCCCCCUGGGCACUGCCCGCUUCCCAUCUCAGCCUCCCACCUGCAUCUUCUCCCCACCUCCUGGUCCCUUGGGAGGCUAAAAUGAGGCAGGGGGACCAGCGGCUCCUGACUCCAGAUGGGGGGAGACUUUAUUCCUCCCAGCCCCUCCUUCAUUCAUUCAUCCAAUCGUAUUUAUUGAGCGCUUACUGUGUGCGGAGCACUGUAUUAAG